UCGAUAAGCGAAAAUUUAUCGUAUAUUCGGAAGAGAUCGUAUUUUUUUCACGUAAAUAGCGGAAUGUUGAUAACAGUGAGCGAGAACAAUAAUAAAAAAAGAUAACCGGCACUUGAUUAUCACGAAGGUUUGAUCAGCUCUAUAUCUGACGAUCAUCUUUUAUCGAAAAAUGGCGGUUCAAGCUUGCUAGUGUAGUUCAUUCAUUAGAACAGGUGACAUGCUAAUGUAGGGCGAUGAUAAGAGACCUUUUUCUAGUUUGCAAGCUUUUGGAAGUGUUGUGGAAAUAGUAGAGGUUCAGUGUUUGUGGAUUGGAGAAUGGGCACUCGCAUUCCUCUAUCCCAGCUGAGAGAUUUGAAAUGCCGUCACUGCAAGAACUUCCUGUCCUGUGGUCCAGUUUAUGUUACACCGGAUUGCGGUCUGCUUUGUGGAAGAUGCAGGGCACUGGCCAAGCCAAACUUUCGUAACUACGUUUACGAGGAACUUGCCAACACUUUCGUGUUUCCCUGUUUAAACUGGGAGAAGCAUUGUCCCGAAGAAGGUCCUUGGAACAUGCUGAAAGACCACGAGAUGGACUGUCCUUAUGGAAGCUCCUGUAGGACGCUGUGCGUCGAUCCUGCUGCGUAUUUUUCGUCGAAAAGGAUCUUGCCGAAUGAAGAGAAUCUGCUCUACUUGGAAGUGCCCGAAAAAUGCCUAAACUUAGUAUCCUGCAAGAACUGCGGAAAAUACCUAUCCUGCGACCCUGUACACAUAACUGUAGUGGGCAGCAACAUCUGUCAUCGAUGCUACCUCUCCAACGGUGUUCCACCACAUACCCUGCGCAACUUGGCCUACGAGAAGUUGGCCAACGUAUUCAGGUUCCCCUGUAUAUUCAGGGCGAAAGGGUGUCCCAUAAAAUUCAGGUUUGGACGUGACAGCUGGGAACAUGAGGUGAACUGUCAUUACAGGGAUGUGCAGGUACAUUCGUCCCCAUCAACUCCUGAGCUCACUGUGAGCAAUAUUCAUCAACACAUCGACAACAGUGGAUAUAGGCCUUCUGUGGAAGGGGAUUUUUUUAUGAUCAGCAGGAACAACAGCACGGAGAGACCAAAAGUGGAGUUGCCUAGAGUUUCUUCGAUUUUGAGGAAUCAUGGUCUCACUGGUGGUAAGAGGCUGCAUCCGCAGAUUGAGAUAGAUGAGGAGCUUUCGCAGUGUAUAAGGAAGAACCAACAAAACUCAUACCUCAGUCCCGACUUUAACUUCGAAACCCGACACAUCAAAACGGACCCCGCAAGAAAAGAAAAUAACAGUCCGGAAUUGGACAGGAACCGAAUCCAGGAUAAGGAGAGAGGCAUCGUUCCCACUCACACCGGCCACGUCUACGCCACCCUUACAAAAAACACCCUUCUGUUCGCGCCACCCCAGAUUCAACCCAACAAGGACCCUCGUAAUGGCCAAAAAGUCACACAAGAAUUCCAAGCAAAAAUACUGCGUAGCGCCUCCAACGCUUCUCAGAAAAAUUCUCCAGUCCAGGACAAGAUCAGGAAUUCGUUGGUUGUCAACUCCAAGGACACCCUGCAAGAAGGUGAAGUCGAGACGAUAGCAAGUUACAACACUGUUGGAAUACCCACUUCUACCGGUGGUGUUGGUCAAACUUCCAGUUUUCAAGGGUUGAACAAGAGCUACAUGAGAGACCUGGAAAAUUUCAACGAAGAUUUUGCUCCAGUGGUCAAGGAAUACAUCCAGUUCAACCCCCAGAACAACGUGCAGAGGAACGAGAGUUUGACCAUUGGCAAUCCUGAUAUUAUAGCAGAGUUAAAGAUGAGGAAUCAGCAGAAGAGGAAGAACAGACAGGAGAAUGAAGAUAACGGUAGCUUUGGAAUCUUGUGAUUUAUGGACCAAGUGGUUUGAUCCAUUCAUUCUGCUGACGUUGGAAGACUGAAACUCAACACCACCAGAUAUAAUUUCCAUUUAUCUCUACAUGAAUCGAUGAAUUUUACAUCGUAUUUCACUUUUGAAUAUGGAACAAUUACUUUUAGGAUAAUACAAAAAUUCAAGAGGUGGUCAACAAUAUAGAGUAGUUUUAAACUGAUAUAGAAAAGACAACUGCCAAGUGAAUCCAAUUUCUGCAUCAGUAUAACAAAAUGAAUAAAUGUAAUAGGUAUGAUGACACUAUUCUUGCUCCUUUUUGUACGAAAUGUAUCUUAACCUUUUCCCCAUUGUUUUGAUAUGGAUAGUAAACCCUUUAUAGAAGUGAUUAAAUUUUAUGCUAUCGAA